UUAUCUUUUGGUAAAGCGCUUUGAGGAGGUUUUUUUUUUUCUUUUUCCUUCAAGUAAGUAAGUAAAUAAAUAAGACAACUUUGUUCCUUUGAAAGUUGCAGGAGGGCCAGUUCAGGAACUGAGUAAAGAGAGGCGGUCCAUCUUUCCUUCCUUGUGUUGCGUGUGUGUCUCACACACACAUUCUUUCUCGCCUCACACUGACUCUCGCAAAGCAUGCUGGGAACCGUAGUUUCCGCGUGGCGUCGUCACUUCCGCUCCAGACACUCGCGGCGAGGGAUGGGCUCCAGGGGGCGCUGUGGCGGGAGCGGCGCUGCCCGCGUUGCCCUGCGCGCCUGCGCCUAGAGGGGCCCUGUGGGAAGCGGGGAGGAAGCGCGGAGGCAGGUAGGAGGCAGCGGCGGCGCUGGGUGGCUUCUUCCUUGGGCUGCUGAGGGAGGGUUUGCCGGAGCUGGAGGUACAUGGUUCUUCUCCCCCUUGAAUUCCCACAACAACCCUGUGAGGUGGGCUGGCCCGAAGUCACACCCAGUGGGCGUCAUGGCUAAGGAGGGGGAAGAGUUGGACCCUGCUCUCUCAGCCCAGCCCAGGGAUAGGCUAACUCGGCCCUCCAGAUGUUUUGGACUACAACUCCCAUCAUCCCUAGCUAACAGGACCGGUGGUCAGGGAUGAUGGGAGUUGUAGUCCCAAAACAUCUGGAGGGCCGAGUUUGCCUAUGCCCGUCCUGGCCCGACACUGCUGCACCGCUCUGGCUCUCUCAUCCAGCUACCAGACUAGACUUGCAGCAAGAGUCCUUUACUACCAUUUAUCUCUUUUCUUUUAUGACCAAGACAUACAACUGAUAGAACUUCCUAGUCCAGAGGCAGAAUACCUUUGCAUAGUAAACUGCACAAGUAAAAUAAAAGAGAAGAGCCACUGCUCUCAGAGGCAUCUGCUGUAGGAAGUGAGAUGCUAUGCUAAGUUGAGGCUUGCUUUGGCCAAGAAGGAGAAGUGCGGCGUAGGGAUAGAUAGAUAUGGCUGCAUAUACGUGAUAGCUGUGAAUGAACUGUUGUGUACAGAGGCUGUGGAAACGAGUGGCGCUGGGAGUGAUCAGUAAGGUUUGGUUGUUGGUCCUGAUCUGAUGCCCCACUUUGUGGCUCCCUGGAAGCACUGGCUGAGCACUUUGGGAAAUAGGAUGCCAGACUCUGGGAUCUCACUGUGAGCCAGCAAGGUUCGCACACAAACACACAAAUCUUUUUUCGCUGGAUAGCUAACUCCUGUGGUUUUGGAUGUAGCUCAAAGUGUGUAUUUUUCUUGGCCCCCACCCCACCCUCUGCAGUGGUUUGAUUCUAUAAAUGUUGACUGCAUCUAACGGUCUGCUAAGAAGUCUAUUUUGGAAAUUAAUAAAUAAUGCAAUAGGAAUUGGGGUUUAUUUCUGGCAUGUUCUUAGGUACUGCACAUUAUAUAUAGCAGCGGGAAAAAAUUAACUCAUAAAAUUGUAGAGUUAGAAGUGACCCUGGUUAUCACCUACUCCAAUCUCCUGUAAUACAGGAAUCACAGCUAACGGGUUACAUACUAAAUCAAACCAGAGAAAUGUAAUGUUGAAUUGUGUGAUAUAUUUCUUCUUCAGUUUGAAUAUUCUUUUCCUUUCCUUUUGAAUGACAUUCUCAACAAAUGUUUUACCAGGCCUUAAUUCAAAUUAUGUAGCUUCUGAGAGCCACAUAAAACUAACCCUCUACAGCAGUGUUCCCAAUUAGUGGUCCACCAAAUCCACCCAGGAGGUCUGUGGCACAUACCCAUCAACUGUCUGGAACAUCUCAAUUUGGGGCGCCCUCCUCUCCCACAGGUCAUGCAUCCCAGUUUGCAUUGGGACAUGUUGGAGGGUAUGGUGGCACCAUUCACAUAACAAAAACUCCCACAGAGAUACCAACAAUUUCAAAGGCUUGGCUUUUGUAAAACAGGGUCUUCAGUACUUAGCUACAGGCUUGUGGCCCUUGUCCUCCUGUGAGCACAGAGUCAAAAGGAAACCUACAUACCAUAUUUUUCGCCCCAUAGGGCGCACCGGCCCAUAGGGCGCACCUAGGGGUUUUUUUUUGGGGGGGGGAAUAAAGAAAAAAAAGCUUCCCGAGCUUCCCCUGACCCCAGCCCCCAGAACAGGCUGCUAUCCGCAAGCCUAGGGAGCCCGGCAGGAAGUCGCGCCGGGCUCCCAAGGGUUGCAGAGAGCUGCCUAAAGCCCGCGGCACGCUCUUCAGCGCGCCCCGGGCUUUGGGAUGCAGGCAGCUCUGCGCAACCCUUUAUUCCCUUGUUUCUUCCCUUGUCUGCAAACACACAGUUCUGUAGUGUACCAGUUACCAAACUUUCUGCCCCUCCCCACAAGGACCACUUGAAACUUGCUGAUGAUGUUAGUGAACUACUUUAAUGAUUUUUCUGCCCAUUGUAGCAAUUGUAAUGCACUGUGCUAGAUACUGUAUACUUUUAAAUUGCAUUUUUAUUGAUUGUUCUAUUGCACUGUAGUUUAUAUUCCAUAGAAUUCAAAUCGUAAUGCAAUAAAAGAAAUAAAAGAAGCAAUAACAAUAAAUAUUACUAUUGGAUGAAGACAUGAUGUGACCCACUGGAGUGAAGCUUGCAGAUCACAGUUUUAAAACACUUGCAUAAUGCAAAAGGCACGUGGGCUGCGUGCCUGGAGGAUUUUCAUUACACACCUUGAUAAAAUAAAGGCUUUAUUCUGCAGUUGCAAAUCGAUGUUAGAAUGCUGGGCACUCUUGUUCAGGAGAUGCCUGAAUUGCAAGUUUUUAAAUCAUUCUUAUUUUUUGUUGGUCUCAUUCUUUGCUUCUUCAUAGGUUCUGCGGGGACUGUUUGGUGUUAUAAUGAAGGAUUCCCUGACACUUUUGUCUCGCAUCCCAGCACACCCAGAUUCCCGAUGCUGGUUUCUCGCUUGGAACCCUACAGGGAGUCUCUUAGCUUCCUGUGGUGGGGACCGUAGCAUUCGAAUAUGGGGGAAAGAAGGUGAGCUAGUCUGCCAGUUUGGACUGCAAUCCUAACAUAAUUUACUUCACCUCAAUGGGACUGAGUAGACAUGGUUCAGAUUGCUCUCCUUGUUGUCAUUCCUUGAAAGUAGGGGGAGAGAAACAGGCAACCAAGUCUUUGGUCAAGAGAGUUCAUUGCACUCUGGAUUCCCUGCUGCAUCUUAUGCUGGGAGGGUAGAGAGAGACUUGUGACCCACCUAUAGAUGAAAGACAGGUGUCAGGAAUCUUUGGACCUCCUAUCCCUUGGCCAUUGGCCAUGAAUUUCUGUCAUCCCAUAUCAGUGCCUAGGCCUGCUUAAGACAGCUAUGACAAAAAAGAGUGUGCCAGUGCCAAAGGGGAGUUGAGUGGGCAGGACUUUAUUAGAUCUCUUUCCCCAUGAUGCUUUUUAACUCGGGUGGUGGUAACAGCAGCUCUUGAUUUUUCUGGGUAGUUUAGGUGGAUCUGAUCCCAGUGUAAAGCUGAACCAGGUAAACACCUCUCUAACUUGGUUUCUGUAGUGACCUCUGAGGUGCCAGGAGGAGGGAGAAGGACGCUCCAGUGGGCCCAGAGAUGUGUCACAGCUCCUAAUCGGCUUUCUCUCUUGGCAGGUGAUACCUGGGUAUGCAAGUCUGUUCUGGGUGAGGGACACCAGAGAACUAUCCGCAAGGUGGCCUGGUCCCCCUGUGGGAACUACCUGGCUUCUGCCAGUUUUGAUGCUACCACCUGCAUUUGGAAGAAGAACCAUGAGGAUUUUGAGGUGUCUUGAAUCUCCCUUUUGGUUUUGUUGCUGCUGCUGCUUUUCUCAUACUUUUCAGUUGAUUAAAAUCUGUCACAAUUGAAUACAUGCACACAUGCAAACACAUAACACAUAGCAAGAAACCCUUCAGAUCUUGCUGGACUCCAGCUCCUGUCAGCCCCAGCCUGUAUGACCAAUGCUCAUAGAUAGUGGGAUUUGUAAUCCAACACUGUCUGGAAGGCACCAUUUCUGCUGCCUCCAGCAAUAGGAAAUGUUUGUUGUGUUUUCAGGUGUAUCAUCCUGCCACAUUGUCAGGUUUUCACACAAUUUCCUGGUUACCCUUCUCUUACCCAUAUCCCUUUUUCUCUUUGCAGUGUGCAGCCACUCUGGAGGGCCAUGAGAAUGAGGUGAAGUCUGUGUCAUGGGCACCAUCUGGCAGCCUUCUGGCCACUUGCAGCCGAGACAAAACUGUCUGGGUUUGGGAAGGUGAGAGCCGCAAAAGUGUUUUGAGAGGAUGAAGCUGGGGCAAAAGGAAUUGGGAUUUUCACUGUGUGUGAAUAUACUUGAUGCAUGAUGGCUGGAGCACAGAUAUGGGAGGGAAUCAUAGAAUUGUAGAGUUGGAGAUGACCCCAAGGCUCAUCUAGUCAAACACUGCAGAAAUCACUGCUGAGAAGUGCCUUGUUUCUUAAACUGUUCCCCUACAUCCCCCCUCUUCUGUGCUGCAGUGGACGAAGAGGAUGAAUACGAGUGCAUGAGUGUCUUGAAUUCCCACACGCAGGAUGUCAAGCAUGUUGUCUGGCAUCCCAACCAAGAGGUGAGUGUUCCCUUCCUGUAUGGCAGACAGCUGGUAUCCUUGGGUGUCUUGGAGACCUAUCAAAUGGCUGGUCUCUAACCAGGGCAGUGUUUCUAUAGCUCCCUGUUAUAAACUGUAAACAUUUAUAUUUCUGUCCUUCCUGCCCUCUCCCAUUGAAGCCUUAUAGCCCUCCUAAUCGAACAAGAAUACCCUUGUGUUGCAAUUUUUGCACUCAGUUGCUGCAGUCUCCUGAUGCUAAUGGGGUGUGUGGACUGGAGUAUUCAUUUCAACAUGGGCAUUUGAAGUAAGACAGGAAUGACAUGGCUGAUCCAUAAAACUGCAUCCAGGGAAUUGUAAUGAGUACAUAGCAGCAGCUCUCCUUGGGCUUCCCAAAUCAGACAGUGGGGAGAUGGUCAUCCCCACCAACUCAGGGUGGAUUAGGGAGAGACCUUUGUGCAAGGAGCCCUGUCCACUCAGGGCCUGGCUGGCAGAGGGAAGAAGACUCCUCAGGAGCCGGUCCUUCCAAGGGCUGACCCAGCAUAUUUUGCUGCCUGGGGCAAAGGAUCAAAUGAGGUUGGCAUCCAACCUUUAUUUCCUUGACAUCUGAUGGGAGGGCAUUCCACAGGGUGGGCGCCACUACUGAGAAGGACCUCUGCUUGGUUCCCUGUAACCUCACUUCUUGCAGUGAGGGAACCGCUAGGAGGCCCUCGGAGCUGGACCUCAGUGUCUGGGCUGAACGAUGGGAGUGGAGACGCUCCUUCAGGUAUACUGGGCCGAGGCCAUUUAAGGAUUUAAAGGUCAGCACCAACACUUGGAAUUGUGCUCGGAAAUGUACAGGGAGCCAGUGUAGGUCUUUCAGCAAGGGCUGAAAGGCUGCAGUGUUUGCUUCACCCACUUUGCAGCAGGGAUGCAGGCAAAAGGCUGUUCAUCACCCUCCUUGGUGUGACCACCAGCAGUGGGGCUUUGUCAUCUUCACAGCUUACGUCUCUAUUCCUGUUUCUUCGAAGUUGCUGCUUCUCUGUGGAUCUGUUUCUCCUGGAAACUACUGCAGGAUCCUUGAUAUCUUUGUUGCCCUAGGGCACGGAUUGCCAAAGUGGUUUGCCCCCCACCCCCAUGUUGCUCAGCUGCAACUCUCAUCAUCCAUGAUCAGUGGCUGUUCUGACUGGGAUUGAUGGGCAUGGGAGUCCAACAUCACCUAGAAGAGAAGGCACACCACUGGCUACCCAUACCCUAAGUGCUGUAAACAUGCUUUUGGCUUUAAAAUAAAUUCCGGGAUUAUCAGGGAGCUGAGCUUUGUGUCUUACACAACAUUCUGCAUUCCCCUCCAUGCUCUCAUUGAACAGCCCUGCUCUCAGUUUUGCUCCAGAGGUGUUUUGUUCCAACGCUUACCUGUGAUUUUUCCUUUCAAUUACCAGCUAUUGGCAUCAGCGAGUUAUGAUGACACUGUAAAAUUGUACCGGGAGGAAGAGGACGACUGGGUGUGUUUUACCACCCUAGAAGGGCAUGAGUCUACGGUGUGGAGCCUGGCCUUUGACCACAGUGGGGAGCGCCUGGCCUCCUGCAGCGAUGACAAGACAGUGCGCAUUUGGCGCCAGUAUAAGCCGGGCAAUGAGCAAGGUCAGUGGCAUUUGCAAAGAUGGAAUGGAUCUGUUCAAGGAAUUGGAUCUGCCUAGUUUUCCAAGGGCCAUGGCAGCUAAGAUUUGAAGUUUUUGUUGUUGGGGCAGCUGAGCCACCCUAAGGAGUCCGCUUCUGUAGGGUCUGAAGAGCUGUUACUGGUGGCAGUGUAGAAGUGCAGCCUCUCUUAGGCUUUCCACUGCUGUUUUUUCAUUAGGUCAAGGAUGUUGUUUGACUCUGCGUCCCAUUACCCGCAGUCAGCAAAGCCAAUGUUCAGGGAUGAUGGGAGCUGUAGUCCAGCAACGCUUAGGGGACCACAGGUUCCAUAUUACAUAGCUAAAAUCAACCACCACCACACAUGCCAAUAGUAAAUGCCAUGCUCUGUGGGCUGGUUCUGAAGUAUGCAAAGCUACAGCAUCCACAAACAGGAAGCACCAAGGUUUGCAGAUGCACAAAAAAAUCCUUAGGAAAACAGCCUAAGGCUGAUAGCUCAGUGAGAAAUGGGCAUGCUCCUUGGACACAAAAUGCUGCUGGUAGUGUGGAAGUACAGUGGUACCUCAGGUUAAAUACGCUUCAGGUUACAUACGCUUCAGGUUACAGACUCCGCUAACCCAGAAAUAGUACCUCAGUUUAAGAACUUUGCUUCAGGAUGAGAACAGAAAUCGUGCUCCGGUGGUGUGCAGCAGCGGGAGGCCCCAUUAGCUAAAGUGGUGCUUCAGGUUAAGAACAGUUUCAGGUUAAGAACGGACCUCCAGAACAAAUUAAGUACGUAACCAGAGGUAGCACUGUAAGUCAGUAUUAUUUCCCCCUAUAUUACAUAUGGGGAGCCUGGGGCUGAGAGAGCACUGAUUCCUGCCCAAGACUCAAUGAGUUCGUGAUAGAGUUGAUGUUUGAACAGGUGUGUGUGUGUGUUCAUGUUCAAAUUUACAGCUCAGAAUCUUAGCCACUGUGCUAUAUUACCUCCAUGCAGAUUCUCUGAAUACAGACACACACAUACACAAUUUUGUAUUCUUUCAUCUUCUUUAACUUCUAGUCUUUGUGAUCGUGGAGAUGCCUGAAGCAUGGAAGAGUUAUCUGAGAAGGGGGUUUGGGUAGGGAAGGCAAGCAUCUCAGCUCUUAUCACUGAACCCUUGUUGAGUAAAAACUGUAAUGGGAGGGGAGGAGUGAACCCUAUUCUGCCCAAUCACAUGAGAGAGUGCAGUUAUGAAAAUCUGUGUGGAAGUUGGAGCAAUCUAGAGCUAAUUAAGUGAUGUUUGAAAAGGUCAGUUCCAGGGUUUUAGUACUUAAGUUGAAGUGCUGACCAAAGACAAGGCUUAAGUGUGUCAGGAUCUCCUUGCUCCAGGAUGUAAAUGGGGAACUUCACAGCUUCUGCAUCCAGUGGGGACACCGCUUCCUUCCAUACACUUUAGUUUCUGAAGUGAAAAAGCAUUGGUGGGGUCUGUAGAGCUUCAAGGUGCCUCUCUUUGCAAAUAAUAUUUUGGCCUAUGAAGCACAGAAGACAGGCCCAGCCUAAGGAGUUGUUUGUGUGUUGCAGGUGUUGUCUGCAAUGGCACAGAUCCUACCUGGAAAUGCAUCUGCACCCUUUCUGGCUUCCACACAAGAACCAUCUACGACGUGGCAUGGUGAGUGUGCACGGUAGGGGAGAAGUCUUGUGUAGCAGCUUGCAAGUCAUUCUGGGCACCAAUCAAUCUGUUCCAGUCAAGUGGUAAAGCUUUUCCUGUGAUUGUAUCACUCCAUGUAAUAGGGGACAGGACCUUUGCACAGAUCAGGCCCAUAGUCCAUUCUUUUCGUUUCCUCCUCUGCAGGUGCCAGCUAACGGGAGCUUUAGCCACGGCUUGUGGAGAUGAUGCCAUCAGAAUAUUUGAGGAGGAGCUGCACUCAGACCCCCACCAGCCCACUUUCACCCUUACUGUCCACAUGGCCCGGGCUCACUCCCAGGAUGUGAACUGUGUGGCCUGGAACCCGAAGGAGCCUGGGCUGCUGGCUUCAUGCAGCGAUGAUGGAGAGAUGGCAUUUUGGAAAUACCAGCGCCCCGAGGUCUGCUGAGGGUCCAAAUUUCCCAGCUCCCUCUGACAAUAACACAGUUCUAGUAGUGUAACAGUGGCACACCUGUGGGCAGCAAGCUGGACUGCAUCCCCUCUGUAAAGGCAAUUAAAAAGGUGAUAUCAUGUAACCUUGUUAUGAAGUACCUCCCCCCUUUCCACAAGAGCUGCUGUGCCAGAGCUAACACCUAGUGGGGGCAUCUGGGUCUUCUGCACAGAUUCAUGUUGUUGACCAAACAGGGUCUUGUCUUGCAGCUGGGUAGAAAAUCCCCAAACUACAUAGGCUGGGUUUUCUUAGCUUCAUCACUCCUUUAAAACGAAGCCAGGGUUGCCUGCAGAAAGACUGGCCUGCUGAUUAGGCGUUUCUUACUAGUUGGGAAGCAAAAGGCUUUGUAACUGCUGGUUUUGUACUAAAAUGUGGUUGUAUAAGAUGUAGGUUUGGAUUGGGAGGUGGUGCUGCAGAGGGAGAAGAGCAGUUCUGAGCAAAUGAGCUUGUGACACAUGUAAAAUUUAUUUUGACCAAGUGCUAUUGUAUGUCUGCUGCUAUCCCUAAAUGGGUUUUUAUGUUAAAAAUGCAACUAAGACUUUGCCAUCCCAACUACUUAUUUGACAUACAGGGGUCACCAUCCAAGAGAGAAAAGUGCUGUUCAGCUAUCAGAAAUUAGUUGGCAAUUUGCCUGGCUGAUUCCAAAAAUGAAAAUGCCAACAUAGCUCAGCACAGAUGGCUUGAGUUGUCCUUGUCAGUUCAUUUCCCCCCUCAUUAUAAAAUGUGUGGGAGUUUCCUCAUGGGAAAGGUAUCUUUGUCUCAUCCGUGUCAAAUACUUCAACAUGUGAGGCAGGGAUAGGUUGUUUCACAAAAAAUUCUGCAUGAAUUGCAACCUCAGAAGGCAGAGGGGGAAGUCAAGGAGCCCUGGUCAAAAUGAUUUCCAAACUUCCUCUAUAUGGUACUGUCUUUUGGGUUCUUGUAAGCACUUCAAGAUGGUGGUCUCAUAGCUCUCCUCAUUUUAUCCACAAAGCAACCUUGUGAUGUUGGUUAAGCUGAGACACAGUGACUAAAGCCCAUGUACCUAGUGACCUUCAUGACCAAGGUGAUCUUUGAAUUCUGCUCUGUCCAAGACUCUCUAAUAACCACUACAUCAUGCUGACUCUCCCUGGACACAUUUGUUAGGGCUGAUGAAAGUUGGGUUCCAUCACUAUCUGGAAGGCUGGAACAAGGUAACACAAAGGAAUUGUUUCCAAAGAGAUAUUUGUGUUAGUCUGUUGCAGCACAAAACAAAUUGGAAAGUCAACUAAUUGCAGAGACAAGUAUAUUAGUUUUGCAUGAAGAAGCACAUGUAUUGAUUCUGCCAGCAAGGUAAUAUUAGAUACCUACACUAGAGAGCAGAGAAAGAGCCACAGAUGGCUGGGCUGCUGUUUCAUAUUCCCCAAUCAGGAUAACUAUCUUGCUCAUGGUAGGGCAUCUUAAUUAGCUUCCUGCACCUGACAUAGGAUCCUAAUUACAAGCCAGAAAAGCAAGUGUCAAAGACCUACUUCAAACCGGGGCUAGGCCAAUGGGACAGCCCAAAAGACUGUGUGGGGGAAAGGUAAAAAUACAUGCAGAGAAAGUCUAGGACUGAGUAGUUAACCUUUUUAUACCUACCGCCCACUAAUGCAUCUUUCUUGAUAAAAUUUCCUUACCACCCACCAGUGCUCAGGGGAAGGAGGAUUCACCUUGUGCCGUAGAACCCCCUACCGUAAGGUUACCAGACAUCCCCGUUUCCCAGGGACAGUCCCCGGAUUUACAAACCAGUCCCCAUACAAAAUCCAUUGAAGUUGGAAAAUGUCCCCAGAUUCAUUGAAAAAAAUUUGGUAACCUUACCCUACCACCCACCAGAAUCCUGAAACGCCCACUAGUGGGCGGUAGGAACCAGGUUGACAACCCCUGGUCUAGGAAUUAGUUCCCCCUCCCACAAGAAAAGUAGCAAGGAGGCUGUUCCUAAAUAUCUUUAUUUGGGAAAACAAGUAGGAACACAGCAGAACCAACUGAGUCCACUCACAUAAAAAUACUGUGCACAAAACUUUUUGAGUUGCUCAGUUAAAAAAAACAAAACAAAAGAGGAAGGGCAGAGGUAAUUUCUCGAAUGCCAGUUGAAAGUGAACAGAAACAGUCAAGUACGGAGUAACCUAACUCUCCAGCCAGCAGGAAGCAGAAGUUCACAAACGUCUCUAGAAGCAGAUAUUGUGGACAUCCCAGUCCAUGGAGGCUCAGAACUGCACUCAUACAAGACAGGCCCAGCUCAAUCAGUAUCGCUGUCACUCUCUGCCUCCUUUACAUCCACACUGAACUUGUACUCCUGGUCGCAGCCCAUGUAGGCAUCACUCAUGAAAUAGAGGGUGUAGUUGUGAGUCCCAGUGGCUGGUGCCACAAAGUCCAGUUUCACCUAAAAGGAGAAAGAGCAUGAACUGGGGUGUAAAGGGUUUGCUCCACAAGGAAGGGAUGGGGUGAGAAGCAAGCUCAGAGGAAUGGGGCUCCAUGCACAUCCUGUGCUGAGAGCUGGGCAGGAAGGAACUGGAGAAGUCGCCCUCUGAUAUGAGGGUAUAGACAUUUGAUAUGACCUGCCUAGCAGAGCAAGGGGGAGAAACAACCCAUUCCAGGAUUCCCACCUCCUUGCAGGGGGCCUUUGCAGACCACUCUUCAUUUUGAAGCUUCAGAUUUUCUGUCAAUCAGUGACAGUUAUGAUAAGCAGGACUGUGGGUAUUCUGCAAUUUAACAGAAUGAAGGAAACACAAGGAAAUUGGCAUUGGGCGUAAGCUGCUGCUUCUAGCAAGUCUACCCUCCCUCUCACUCUUAUUGCAUGGGGUGGCACUUGCGGCCCUCCAAAUGUUGCUGAACUACCUCCCAUCAGCCCAUGGGAGUUGCAUUUCAGCAACAGGUGUCCCCACCCCUGCCUUACUGCAAAGCCAUGUUUUAAAGUGUGUGUACAAGGCCUGCUAGAAUCCCAGAAGCUGCAGGAGAUGGGUUUUCAGCCCAAUCAAGGAUCAGCAAACCUCAAUUUGCACAUGCUACAUAUAUCACAUAAUGCACUUGGAUUUCCUGGGGCCAGGAGGAGUCCAGACCCUUGAGCAUAAGCACAAUUUUAUUUUCAGUAAUCCCAAACUUAACUUGUAUUCUAAAAAAAAUGUUGAGGCCAGUAAUACCAGGACAUGGUCAAUAAAGCC